GAUAAGCAACUUUGGGACAACCGUGACCUGGUGGAUGGCUGAGAAUCUCCAGAGCAGAUCAAAUGCAAUUCUCCCCUCAAAGCAAUGCACAUUUACAGAACAUCAUCAUUGGCACAGAACUUUCUAGGAAAAGAAAAAGAAGCAAAAAAGAUUGGCCAACGCCUUCCAGGGCAAAGGCGGGUUGGAGGAGGAGAAGCAGUCGUGUUCCAGGCAUGUCUUUAUCCUCCACCCAGGACGAGAGACCAAGCCAAGCCAAGCAUUUCUUUCAUCCAAGAGGACGGUUUGGACGGACGGCUCAAGAGGGAAAGAAGAUCCCAAACGCAGCUCCAAAGACCCAGAUUCCUCAAAGGGGGAAGAUCCCCGGGAAGCCUCCGGGUGGGUCUCCCAGCGACACUGGGAUGGAAAUGCAGCACAGAAAGCCGGAAAAAGAUUUCACAUUUCCUGACUUGAAAGCAACACGGCCCAUCGCACAAAUCCGGCUUGCACAGACAUGUCCGAUGCUUGAGUUUGUGCCGCUGAAUUUCGGUCGCCGGCUCUGCCCGCCUCCACAGGUACACCAAAAGACACACUGGAAGCUGCAACACACAACCGACCAGCCCCGAAAUCUCUUGGAUUCCAGAUCCCUAAGAUGUAACGUGCAUUUAUUUGGGAUGUUUUUUAGUAUUUUGAAAAUACUUGUUAUCUUUUUCAUGGUUUUGAAACUGGAAGCCACCCAGAGUCCUUGA